CACAGUGUUAUUGACCCACAUCUGAUCUACGCCAAACUCUAUCCUUUCGUUCCCGCUGCCAGUCAUGCGCGCUAUCGGAAAAUGGCUACCAUACUUGACUCGCUCUUACCCCCGAGUCGACCCACCCUUCCAACUCGCCUUUCUACGCCAUUCCCUUCUUCUUCUUCUUGUAUCAGCACUCGCAAAACCCAAAAGACUAAAGCUUUUGCACUCCCAAGGAGGAAUGCAAUGGCCUUGAUCUUGUCAAGUUGUAUCUUCUCAGAAGUUGGUUUGCAUGAUUUUGCAUUUGCUCAACCAUCUGUUGGGUUAAGGGAAUACAUAGAUACGUUUGAUGGCUAUUCAUUCAAGUACCCUCAGAACUGGAUUCAAGUUCGAGGUGCUGGAGCAGAUAUAUUCUUCAGGGACCCUUAUGUUCUUGAUGAAAAUCUCUCUGUGGAGAUGUCCUCCCCUUCAUCCUCCAGGUAUAAGACUGUUGAAGACUUGGGUCCUCCACAAGAAGCUGGAAAGAAAGUGCUGAAGCAGUACUUGACAGAGUUCAUGUCAACAAGGCUUGGUGUGAGGCGUGAAUCAAAUAUUCUUUCCACAUCCUCAAGAGUUGCUGAUGAUGGGAAGCUAUAUUAUCAAGUUGAGGUAAACAUAAAGUCAUAUGCAAACACCAAUGAACUGGCUGUUAUGCCACAAGAUAGAGUUCCUCGAUUGGAAUGGAACCGGCGCUACCUUUCAGUUCUUGGAGUUGAAAACAAUAGGUUGUAUGAGUUGAGAUUACAAACACCAGAAAAUGUAUUUGUAGAAGAAGAAAAUGAUCUGCGCCAAGUCAUGGAUUCUUUUAGGGUAAACAAGGUGACUAGCUGAUCAGUUCUUUUGACUUAAGGAUUUUCCAUGGGAUAAGGUGUUUAUUCUUGUUUUGUUACACUUUCUGUCAUUUUUUUUGCAAAACAAGUAAACAUUUUGCAACCUUUGAUUGUAGUCUAACAAUGUUGUUGAAUCUGUCUAUCAUUUCCCCGAUUCAUUGUACUGGAGCUAUUUCUCAUUGUA